CCUCGCCCCGGCCGCGCGCCUCCGCCUCCUGCCUGCGCUGCCGCUCCCCCUCCCCGUCACGGCGGCGGCGCCGCCGCCACCACAGCGAGCGGGAGGAGGAGGAGGAGGAAGGGCGAGAGGGAGGCAGGUCCGGCGGCCCUCUCGGGUACCCCCAGCGGCCAGGCGGGCGAGGGGAAAGAUGGCGACGCUGGGAGGCGAGUCGCAGCCUUUCCCCGCCGCUGCUCUGACGGCGGCGACGGCCGGGGUGGGCGGCGGCGGCGGGUCCCUGGGCUUGCAGGCGCCGCUGAACCGCGGUCUGGAGCGGGCGCUGGAGGAGGCGGCGCACUCCGGGGGGCUCAACCUGAGCGGCAGGAAGCUGAAGGAGUUCCCGCGCAGCGCCGCCGCCCUCAGCCACGACCUUUCCGAUACGGUGCGGGCAGAUUUAUCCAAGAAUAGAUUAACUGAGGUUCCUACGGAGUUGUGCCAUUUUGUGUCACUGGAAACACUAAAUCUAUACCACAAUUGUAUUAAAAUUAUACCAGAUGCCAUAGUAAACUUGCAAAUGCUAACUUACUUAAAUUUGAGUCGAAAUCAGCUUUCUUCUUUGCCAGCUUGCCUGUGUGGUCUUCCUCUAAAAGUCUUAAUUGCAAGUAACAAUAAGCUAGGUUCCCUUCCAGAAGAGAUAGGUCAGCUAAAACAGUUAAUGGAACUGGAUGUCAGCUGUAAUGAAAUCACAGCUUUGCCGCAGCAGAUAGGCCAGCUGAAAUCUUUAAAAGAAUUGAAUGUUAGAAGAAAUUACCUCGAAGUUUUACCCCAAGAACUAGUACAGCUUCCCUUGGUAAAGUUCGACUUUUCCUGCAAUAAAGUGCUUGUGAUUCCAAUUUGUUUUAGAAAGAUGGUGCAGUUACAAGUAUUGCUGCUUGAGAAUAAUCCUUUGCAGUCUCCACCAGCACAAAUUUGUACGAAGGGUAAGGUGCAUAUAUUCAAAUACCUGACUGUACAGGCCUGUCAGAUUAAAACAGCAGACUCACUGUAUCUUAAUGCCAUAGAACAACAGCAUUUGCCACAACCUGUGGAGGAGAGCAUUGAUGACAUAUACCCAAGUAAAAAGGACUCAGAUUCAGGUGUUGGUAGCGAUAAUGGUGAUAAACGCUUGUCAGCAACAGAGCCAUCUGAUGAAGAUACUAUCAGCUUUAAUGUUCCGAUGUCGGACAUCAUGGAAGAAGAUCACGUUGUAAAGGAAGAUUCAGGUCACCGCGCUAACUCAAGAAAAGUGGAAUUCCAUCAAGGAUCUUCUCACUUGAUGGUCAAUGAUAAGUCAAGAGAAACAGGAAACCAGUUUGAUGAAUCGGAUACUCUUACUACUGAAUUCAUGAGUUACAUUAAGAGCAGAGCAGCAGAGUGUGAUGAAUUGCUGAGAAUAGAAGAGGACACACAAUGGCAAACAGACGAAAUAAUAAAUUUAUCAGAAGAACAAACUAUUGAUAUAGCAAUGAUAGAACAACUAAGAGAAGCAGUAGAUUUAUUACAAGAUCCCAACAGAUUAAGCAUGGAUAUUUCAGAGAGCAGUGGUGUGAAUCUGUAUCCCACGGAACCAGCAACAGCUUUAGAAUUUCAGGAGUCUACAGUAAACAGUCAAAUGCAGAUGGAGAUGUCUUCCCUUGGUCAGAGAGAAAAUGCUGAAGAGGAACUAGAAUUUCAGAGGAGGAAGGAGCUGAUUAUGGAGAAAGCAAAGCCGGAAGGGAGAACUUGUGAAAAGGGUGAAAAAUGGUCAUUGAAUCAGAAUGAUCUGAUUGUUUGGAAUGCUAGUGGGCAAACCUCCCACAAUGAGAGCAAGGAUAAAAGUCCAACAAUGUCUCCUACUACAAACACCACGAUCCCUUUUGGCCUGAAGCCACGCUCAGUGUUCUUAAGACCACAAAGGAAUUUGGAAUCAAUAGACCCACAAUUUACAAUUCGAAGGAAAAUGGAGCAGAUGAGAGAAGAGAGAGAGCUUGUGGAACAGCUGCGUGAGAACAUUGAAACAAGACUAAAGAUUUGUUUGCCUGAAGACUUGGGGUCUGCUCUGAUGGAUGGUGUAGUUCUUUGCCAUUUAGUAAAUCACGUCCGUCCUCGGUCUGUCGGAAGUAUUCAUGUACCUUCACCAGCAGUACCUAAACUUAGCAUGGCCAAAUGCAGGAGAAAUGUGGAGAACUUUCUGGAUGCGUGUAGAAAACUGGGGAUACCAGAGGAGAAGCUCUGCCUACCACAUCACAUCCUAGAAGAAAAGGGCUUGGUAAAAGUGAGCAUAACAGUUCAAGCAUUGCUAGAUGUAACCACACUGAAACAACCUUUAUUCACAUGAAACUACUAUCUCUGCUGUUACCAGCUCCACUGUGCCAUCCAAGAAUCAAAACACUGCCCAGCUUUCCAAUGCUCCAAGAGCAUUCUUGUACUUCUGAUUUCAAAAUUGUCUUUCAGACUGUACACGUGCGUUGAACUACAAACCAGAAACUAAACAGAAACAUUUUCUAGAGCAAACUGGGGCUUCACUGCUUUUAUAGCUCACUUUGUACAGUACUUACUAGAACAGCCACCUCUCUGCCUCUUAAAAAUGUGUGGAGUACACAGCUGUCUUGCAGCAAGAUACCUUCAUAUUAUUAAACUAAGAAUCGCUGUAAUCAUUUUGGGGGAACAACAGGAGGGAGACUACAUCAGACUUCUACCACAUUAGGUUUUUCUGCAGUUGCUUCAGGCUAUUAUUGCCUUUUAAAGAUAUCCAGACAUAAAAUAUUUAUAUAAAUAUUAUUUAUUAGUGAGUUGUUAUUCAUCCUUUGGAUGCAAAAUGUAAAUUAGGAAACUGUAUUUUAUUACUGCUUUUUUGUGGUUAAACACUUUAUUUUAUUAUAAAUAUUUAGUUAUUUUUUAUUCUACUUGGUGUGCAGUAGCUCUAGAUCUCGGUAAAUUGUGUUUUCUAAUAUGUAAGAUAAAAAGCAAACAAAAUAGGUGCUUUUAUUAAAAGAACAGCUAGCUGGAAUGGCAUUCUUUUUUUCUUGAAUUUGUGAAACAUGGGUAAAAAUUUGUCUGCAUUCCAUGGAGUUUUUUACAUUCCAGUAGCACUUUUCCCCCCAUGACUAAAUUGGCUGAAACUGAGAGCACACCCAUUUUAUUUGUAUAUAGAUGUUUAAAAAAAAAAAAAAAAAGGUUGUAAACUUGAAAAAUAAAUGUGAACAAAUAUUUUUGAUUGCUUAUUUUACUAUGCACAAGAUAUCUAACUUUUGCCACAACAAAAUGAGCGAUGUGCAUUAGCAUCAUUUGUCUUGAAAUAUAAUUUUGCACUGUAACUUGAUUUCUUUUAAAGACUACAGCACUACAGAACAAAAAAUAGCACAAGAACAUGAAUGAGAAGAUUUACCAGGUAGCCAAAAUUUUUUUUUUUUUUUCUUUUUUUCCCAACGAUUCCUUCAAGAGGAGAUAAAAUUAUCAAAAUUGCCAAAGGCAGUCUCAAAGACCUGAUCUUCCAGAUACAACCUGCUGGGUACAGUGCCUCUCCUUAUAGUCUCCAUCAUUUUCCCUUGAAUUAAGCACAAUGUUCUGUAGUGAAAAUGGUUGCAGGAUCAGACCUCUAACCCCACGUCAGCAAUAGGAAAUAAGGUUCUUUUUCUUACGGCUACUUUAAAUUUUUUGAAGAGAUUUUUAGAAGCAUAACUUAUUAUUAAAACAUCACAGGUUUUAGAGGAAAAAGUUCCAGCACAGCGAUUCUCACAAUAUCUGGAACAUCCGUUUUUCUUUCAUAGGAGAAGCUAGCAAUGUCGCUUCAGCAAGCAGGACAGGAACGCUGCAUGUGGUGAGAAGGCUAGCUGUCAGGGGUCGGUGGUGCAUACAAGCAGGUAGUUCGAAAUGUGUAAGUAAAAGAAAAACAGGCAAAGCAGCGGGAGGACUGAAUAUUUAAGCAAGAAAAUGUGGAGAGAACUAUUGUAUAAAGACUUUCUGGAAAGAUGAUGCAUACUUGUCACUACUAUGUAUCUAGGCAAAGUUACACACACACACACACACACACACACAUUCACAGAUGCUGCAUUUAAAACCACCAGUAUUCCAAUAGCAGAUUUUUAAUGGUUAAUACAGUAUUUGAAUGCAGACCAGGUGUUUUAAUACCACAGAUUGCCAAUGGGCUGGUAUGUACUGACAGCCACAUGUUAGGAGGAAGAAAGUGGACUUGCAGUGAGACAUACAGUAAGCAUGGAACAUCCAGUUACUUCAACCAAAGCAAAAGCAUUUUAUUUUGUAGAGGGAACAUUGACUUAAAUCGUAAUUUUGAUUGGCAGCUAGCAUAUUGUUUCCUAUAAAAUGUACUGUGCACUUUAACACUAAAUUAAAAUGUAUUUUAAUAUUUUACAGAGCUGCACAAAUAUCUGUUUUGUCAAAAAGCACGAGCAAUGUAAAGAAGUGAGUCAGAGUUUAUCAAAUUUUAAAAGCAUUCAAAGAUCAAGUAUAAAAAUAGGAAUAUUGAUUUCUGCAUCUUGAGGGAUAAAAUGCAGGUUUCCGGAGUAUUUUUUUACAAUGUAUAUAUGGCAACAUGAAGCUUUGUAAUUAUUAUUUUGACAAAUCUUGUUUUUUCAUAAUUAAAGUUUUGGUUUUCUCCUGAUAGUCUUUCGGUAUUUGCUUGAAGUUGGCUGUAAGUAAAUAGCUCUAAAUAUUUUGUAAUACAGCUUUUUUUUUUAUGCAGUCUUAACCUGUACGGCUAAAAAGAGAAUCUUCAUGAAUCUUUGUACACUAUUUAUAUGUGCAAUAAAACAUGCAUGGCAAAUCUAUAAUACCCUAAGCAGUGAACAUAAUGUAUAUAGAAAAUCUUUACCGUAGUUACAAUUAAACUAUAUUAUUUGUAGAAACCCUUUAA